GUUUACUGAUCGCUAGCAACAUACGGAUGAAAGGCUGUCGAUCUGCACCGAAAAUGACCUCAUAAUGCAAGCGUUCAAAGUCUAUGAGCCGCUAAGUGUCACACAAUACGUGGAUCUGGGAAAGAGGAACGCUUGUACUGAGCGACAACAUGAGGAGAUGGUUACUCGUGCGAAAGCGGGGAAACGGGAAUACCGGUAGGCUGAAGUGGUAUAAGUACAGACCAACACAUCAUGUCGACCCAUCACGAGUACGUCUUGGUAACGACAUUUAGCUUUCUCUCGAAUCUAUCCUCCAAAUCUAAACCUAUCAUAUACUUUUCAGCUCGUUAAUCCAUACUUGAACGAUGCCGCAAUACAUAAUUCAACACCACUGUGAGCUCCAAACAUCGCAGAAGGACGCCAUCGCCAUCGCCAUCACAAAGCUGCACUGCCAGACAUUCAAUGCGCCCUCUAUCUUCGUGAAUGUUCAUUUCCACCCUUCGCGACCUCACUACAUCGCCGGCAAAUUGCAAGAAACAAACUCUAUCACUGGGAUGCUGCGAACACGCGGACCAGAAUACAGAGACAAGAUGAAUACGCUUGUGCUAGACCUCACUGAAAUAUGGAACAAGGUGGUUAGGCCGAACUCCGCUAACGAUAACGUUGAUGGAAAUGUGCCUGGGCGAUUGGAUGACCCUACAGCGCUGCAUCUUUGUGGUAUCUCAGAGGGUAUCGUUGCUGCCGCAGAGCAAGGGUUCCUCCUACCUUCUGCAGGGCAAGACGACAAGUGGCUUGAGAAUAAUUUGAAGGCUUUUGAGAAGAGGGCUGCAGAUGGAGAUGAAGCGAUGAAAGCGCUUCUUGAAGAAAUCAAGACGAAGGGUCUGGGAAGCGCUUCUUGAGGACACACAACGACAUCACAAGGACACCAUAUCAGCAAACCAUCUCACAGUUGCUCAUUUCUGUCCGGUCAUAAUUCUAAUGCAAUCUAUCACUGUAGUUCGCAAUGCCUCCCACGAUGCGACUCCCUUUUCCUACUGCAACAGCAAUGUAGAGUGAUAUAGACAUUGUAUAUGCCGGACGGGUAUAUAGACUCAAUCACGGAAUC